AUGAAUCUCAAGCCCGUUAUUUUCUUGUGCCUCCUCUACGCACUACUUCUCAUCACUUCUGAAGCAACUAAACCGUCGAAAGAUGAAAAACAAGCAGAUGAAACAGAUGUUUCCAAAACAAAGGUUGGGAUAGACGGCUGGGAAGGAAGACCUCUCAGAGGACCUGGAGGCGGUCCAGGCGGAGGAGGUCCAGGUGGAGGGGGAGCAGGAGGAGGAGGUCCAGGUGGAGGGGGAGCAGGAGGAGGAGGUCCAGGUGGAGGGGGAGCAGGUGGCGGUCCAGGUGGAGGGGGACCAGGUGGUGGUCGUGGAGGCCGCGGGCCUAACGGAGGACCGGGUGGCGACGGGCCAGGCAGAGGUCCAGGCGGAGGAGGUCCCGGCGGUGGAGGGCCAGGCAGAGGAGGUCCCGGCGGUGGAGGGCCAGGCAGAGGAGGUCCAGGUGGAGGAGGGCCAGGCAGAGGUCCAGGCGGCCCUGGCGGUGGUGGAGCGGAAAAAACUGGAGAACCCAAAACCAAGGUUGGUGGAAGUGGACACGGUGGGGGAGGAUCACAUGGGGCAGGAAGUGGACACGGUGGAGGAGGAUCACAUGGUGGUGGAAGUGGAGGAGGCAAAAAAGGAGGGCGUGUGGGAAGUCCAUGA